AUGAUGUCAAACUCUGGCAGAGGGCAGGGUCAAGCGCCCACAUUCUUGCAAGCCCGAAAGGAUCCAAACGGGCGCCUACGACCAAGGAUUCGACCGGAAAGACAUAAGGAAACGCAGGCUGCGUCCAUGAGAACCUCCAUUUGUCUUGCACUUCCUACCAAGAGUGCCCUGGUCGCCCUAGUGGCCGAUGGCGCCGAGACUGCUGUGCCAGCCCGGUUUCCUGCUUCCAGCGAAGGCAAACACAUGAUCUUCAACACACCGGCGGGCAAAGUGGAGUGCACUGAGCACGAGGUCGUGCGCUGUGACGCAGUUGAACUGGAUCAGCCGACGAGGCAACAGGAGCGACACAGUACAAACCCUGAGGCUGACGGAAGCUCAUGGUCAACAACCUCUGGGCCAUUCGGCCACGGUCACACCAGGCUUACGGAAUGCUUCCAAGGCGAUCAGUAG